AUGACGGUCAUCCAAACCACCACAGACGGAACCUCCCACUCCACAACUCCCUUGUCAGACAACGAUCAAGCCGUCAAAGACCUACGCAAGCUGAUCAUAGACUGCUGCCGCCAAAAUGGUGGCGGGCACGGGGGAUCAGCCAUCGGGAUGGUUCCUCUAGCCGUCGCCCUCUGGCGACACACAAUGCGAUUCAAUCCAUUAAAUCCAAACUGGUUCAAUCGUGACCGUUUCGUUCUCUCCAACGGCCACGCUGCCAUUCUGCUCUACACAUUGCUCCACGCCACUGGAUACCCCGAUAUGACAAUGGACGAACUGAAACUCUACGCCAGUGCGAAGGCACCCGAAAAGAAUGGCCGAUGGAAGGCAACCAGAUGCCACGGCCAUCCAGAGAUUGAGGUCCCUGGAGUGGAAGUCACCACCGGCCCUCUUGGACAAGGCAUCGCCAAUGCAGUCGGACUCGCCAUUGCGUCGAAGAACUUGGCUGUUCAGUUCAACAAACCAGGCUACGAGAUUAUCACCUCAAAGAUCUACUGCACAACCGGAGAUGGGUGUCUUCAGGAAGGGGUUGCGCAGGAGGCGAUGGCUAUAGCCGGGCACCUCGGUCUGAACAAUCUCAUUCUAUGCUACGAUAACAACCAAGUCACCUGUGAUGGGCCUUUGUCGUGGAUUGUCUCGGAGGACACGAAUGCGAGAAUGCGUGCACUGGGCUGGGACGUGAUUGAUGUCUGGGAUGGGAAUAACUCUGUCGAUGAUAUUGUGUCUGCUUUGCGGCUUGCUCGGGCCAGUACGCACAAGCCUACUUUCAUCAAUAUCCGAACGGUUAUCGGGUUUGGGACCUCGACUGCGGGUACGUUCAAAUCGCAUCAUGGGACGUACUCGGAUGAGGAUGCUGGGCUCUAUGGAAACGAGGGCAUGGCGACGCACACUCUCUCAAAUCAGACCAAGCGGUUCUUCUCUGAGCUUGUUGUCUGUGGGAAAGCACUCGAAGAAAAGUGGGACAAACUCGUCAAUUCCUGGACGACGAUCUACCCCAAUGAAUCUGAACAACUACAGAAACGCAUGGCUGGCCAUUUUGAUGUCGAGAAACUCCUCCAGGAAAUGGCACCAUCCUCCGAAAUCCAAGCUACAAGGCAGUGGAACGGACACGUCUUUAACACUCUCAUGGAGUACAUCCCGCAAUUGCUAGCUGGAGGCGCCGACCUCUGGAACUCCAACCAGAUGGGUGAUCAAUCCAUCCGCAUCCUCGACCGUGAUCAUUUCGACGGUCGCGUUAUCCGAUAUGGUAUUCGCGAACACGCGAUGGCAGCUAUAUCAAAUGGUCUUGCAGCAUUUAAUCCCGGCACUUUCAUUCCCGUAACGGCAACAUUUCUCAUGUUCUAUCUAUACGCUGCGCCUGGGGUGCGGAUGGGUGCGCUGAGCGGUUUGAGAGUCAUCCAUGUUGCUACGCACGAUUCUAUCGGUGAAGGACAAAAUGGCCCUACGCACCAGCCUGUCGAAAUGGACUCUCUCCUGCGGGCAAUGCCCAAUCUGCUAUACAUUCGCCCUUCCGACGAAGAAGAGGUCAUUGGGGCCUGGAUGUCUGCCUUGGCAGCCUCGAACCAACCGAGUAUCCUCUCCCUGGCAAGAGAUGCGCCAAGUUUGCGCAUCUCCACUACCAGUCGGAGCAAAGUGGCACUGGGCGGUUAUACUGUUCUGGAGAACGAAAAUGCGCAAGUCACGCUUCUCUCCUGUGGCUCUGAGCUACAAUUUGCUUUUCAAGCUGCGCCGAAAUUGAGUGAGCUUGGGAUCCCGACUCGAGUAGUUAGUAUGCCGUGCAUUAGCCUGUUCGAGAAACAGCCAGAUGAGUACCAGGACGCCGUUCUCUCGAACAGUCCUCAUAUCAUCUCAGUUGAGGCCUACGUUGCGACGGUCUGGUCUCGCUUUUGCACUGCGUCCAUCUCUAUGGACUCAUUUGGGUAUUCUGGAGCUGGAUCGGCUAACUUCGAGCGUUUCGGCUUUGAUAGUGAUAGUAUUGUCCGCAAAGUGCGAGACCAUGUCACGGCCGUUCAUCGGCCGACGCAACGAUGGAUGCGAUUGGGGUAG